AUGGCGCGCGAGCUCUCCGAAACUGAGCGUGAGAAUGACGCAGAAUUCGAAAGACUUCUCGAAGAAGAAAGGCAGGCCAUUGCCGACCACCAGCUCGCUUUGACUCUGUCCGGCUUGAGCACCGAUGACCCAGAGUACGUACUCAGCUCGACUUACGCUACAAACCUGGCGAACGAUCGCUGCCUCGGUACCAAUGAGCAGUGGGCUCGUGCGAAGGAGCUCUACGCAGAGAUACACGCAUACGAAAUCGCUUCGCAAGCGUCAAUCGAUCCUGAUGAGACAAGCGAUACCGAAGAAGAAGUAACCGAAGACGACUCAGAACCAGACCCGGAAGAGCCCCUCACCCUGUGUGAGGCGUGUCUCGACAACAUACCGACCGUAGACACUCUGACGCUUGAGUCUAUUGCCGAAACUGCCUCCUCGAUCAUUUCACCAUGGCUCUCGACGACGUUUCGAUAUUUCCCCCCAAAUGCUGCAAGAUCCCAAUACCUCUUGAGGUCUGUCGUACCAUGCUUCCUCAAGGAUAUGUCAAAAAGUUUGACCUCAAAGUAG